UCUUGACAGCACCCUCAAAAUGGCAGGAAGAUGCGAGCUACAAACCGAGUCCGAACUAAGAGUUCAGCUCUCUGCUUUUUAACACGACUGUGUCCAUAAACGAGCGGUUAUGGGGUUGGUGCCCAGCGCGGCAGCACAGAGCCUGUAAAAUGGACAUACCGACGGCGGUUUUCAACGCGGCCAGAGAUGGUAAGCUGAAACUUCUCCAGAAGUUGCUGAGCAACAAAACUCCAGAGGAGCUGGAGGCUUUAGCCGAGGAGAAAACGCAGGGAGGCACCCCUCUGUUGAUCGCCUCUCGAUACGGACAUCUAGAGGUUGUAGACUACCUCCUUGAACACUGUAAAGCAAAUGUCGAACUCGGGGGGGCGGUUAACUUUGAUGGCGAGACCAUCGAGGGGGCUCCGCCGCUGUGGGCAGCCUCGGCAGCCGGUCACCUCCCGGUGGUUAAGACGCUGCUGAAACAGGGCGCCUCCGUGAACAACGCAACGCUAACUAACUCAACGCCGCUCCGAGCUGCCUGCUUUGACGGCCACCUGGAGAUCGUCCGCUACCUGGUGGAGCACAGAGCCGACAUGGAGGUAGCCAACCGCCACGGCCACACCUGCCUCAUGAUCUCCUGUUACAAGGGCCACAAGGAGAUCGCCAAGUUCCUGCUGGACCGUGGUGCUGAUGUCAACCGCAAGAGCGUGAAGGGAAACACCGCCCUGCACGACUGUGCGGAGUCGGGUAGUCUGGACAUCAUGAAGAUGCUGCUGAAGUGCAACGCUCUCAUGGAGAGGGACGGAUACGGGAUGACCCCACUCCUGGCAGCAAGUGUCACGGGCCACACCAACAUCGUGGAGUAUCUCGCCCACCAGCCUCGCACCUCCAGGGAGGAACAUGUCAAUGCACUUGAACUCCUCGGGGCCACUUUUGUGGACAAGAAGCGGGAUCUCUUGGGGGCGAUGAGGUACUGGAGAAGGGCGAUGGUGCUGAGGCAACCAAGGGACACAGCCGGAUCCCUGGCCAAGCCUCCGCCUGGUCCUCCGAUCCCUGCCUAUGGCUGUGCACAGGAGGUGAGCACUGCAGAGGAACUGGAAGCUCUGAUCACAGACCCUGAUGAAAUGAGGAUGCAGGCUUUGUUGGUUCGAGAGCGCAUCCUGGGGCCGUCCCACCCAGACACCUCUUAUUACAUCCGUUACAGGGGAGCUGUGUACGCUGACUCGGGCAACUUCGAACGCUGCAUCAGCCUUUGGAAAUAUGCUUUAGACAUGCAGCAGAGCAACCUGGACCCCCUCAGUCCCAUGACGGCCUCCAGUUUCCUGUCUUUUGCGGAGCUUUUCUCUUUUGUUCUUCAAGACCGGGCCAAAGGCACCCUGUCGACGCGCGUCACCUUUCAUGAUCUGAUGACUGUGCUGGGGAAAAGUGUGAAGGAGGUAGAGAGAGCUGUGGCGCAGAGGGACAACCCUCCCGAGGCUCCUCAGUUCACCAAAGCUCUCUCCAUCAUCCUGCACCUGAUCUUUCUCCUGGAGAAGCUGGACUGCAGCCCCGAGCAGGAGCACCAGAAGAAGCACACGGUGUACCGUCUGCUGAAGCUGAACCCUCGAGGUCGGGGCGGCUUCACUCCCCUCCACAUGGCCGUGGACAAGGACACCACGUCAGUUGGCCGCUACCCUGUCGGCCGCUUCCCCUCCCAGGCGGUGGCGGCGCUUCUCCUGGAGUGUGGCGCCGACGUGGACUCGCGUGACAGUGAAAACAAUACACCUCUGCACGUCGCCAGUAACAACGGUUGUCCAGAGAUUAUGGCUCUACUUAUGAAGGCCGGGGCUCACUUCGACGCCACGAAUGCACAGAGGAAGACGGCCUACGAGCUGCUGGACGAGCAGAGCAGCGGGCACCCGGCCCUCUGCCCACUGAACCAUGUCACCCUUCAGUGCCUGGCGGCACGUGCAAUUGAGAAGCACAGACUGCCCUACAGGGGACUGAUCUCUGAGGAGAUGGAGGCUUUCAUUGAACUGCACUGACGUCCACCACUGUCCCCUGACGACCCCCCCCUGCACUACACUUCCUGUUGUCCCCCGUACCUUAGUGUGAGCUGUCACAAACCUCCAUCUCCACACCAUUCUCAUCAUCUUUGUCUCCUUUUUGGCCUUUGCUUUGCUGCCAACCUUGUGUCAGAUGUCGCCAUACAGCAAUAAACAUCCAGCUAAAA